GAGCGUUUCAACUCAUAAUAACUCAUAUUUAAGCAAAAUUUACAUGAUCAAAAUCAUAAUUUACCUAUAUUGAAGGACUAGAAGUGCUAAUUUCUAUUUCCACUAAUCUUCUUCUCCAAGAAAUAUGUACAUUUUCAAUUAUCUUAUCUUUUCUAUAUUAAAAAAAUCAAAUAAUGCACCUUUACCAAAUUGUCGAAAAUAUCCCUUCCCAUUGCCUUUAUAGUACAGUACUCCCUCAACUCUUUCCCAUCUCAUUUUCCUUACCACACUAAACAACCAAAACAUGGCUGUUCAUCUCUCCACUCUCUCAAUCUCCUUACUCAUAAUGCUCAUGUCCUCCGCCGCCGUAAAUGUUACGGCGGCGACAGAGGACAUGUCCAUUAUAAGCUACAACGAAAAACAUCACACGAUCAGCGACACCUCGUCAACGGUCCAACAACGGACCGAUGACGAGGUCAUGUCAUUGUACCAAUCGUGGUUAGUUGAGCACAAAAAAGUGUACAAUGAUUUAGUAGAAAAGGACCAGAGGUUCCAGAUCUUUAAGGACAACCUUAAGUACAUCGAUGAACAUAACGCUAAGCCGGAGAAAAGUUAUAAGCUAGGUUUGACUAAGUUUGCUGAUCUGACGAAUGAGGAGUAUAGGGCUAUGUAUUUGGGCACGAAGCCCGAUGUUAGUCGGAGGUUGUCGAGUAGACAAAGUGAUCGGUAUGCUCCGAAGGUUGGAGAUAGCUUGCCGGAAUCCUUUGACUGGAGGGAAAAAGAUGUGCUUGUUGGUGUUAAGGAUCAAGGACAAUGUGGGAGUUGCUGGGCUUUCUCAGCAGUUGCUACCAUUGAAGCAAUAAACAAGAUGGUGACUGGAGAAUCGAUCUCAUUAUCUGAGCAGGAGCUGGUAGAUUGUGAUACCUCCUAUAACAACGGUUGCAAAGGGGGUCUCAUGGACUAUGCCUUUAAAUUCGUCAUCAACAAUGGAGGAUUAGACACUGAGGAAGAUUACCCGUAUACUGGCAAGGAUGGAAAAUGCGACCAAAUAAGGAAAAAUGCCAAGGUUGUCACCAUCCAGGGGUAUGCGGAUGUUCCUGAUAAUGAUGAAAAGGCACUGAAAAAGGCCGUCGCAGGUCAACCCAUCAGUGUUGCUAUUGAAGCUGGUGGCAAAGACUUCCAGCACUAUAAAUCGGGUAUCUUUACUGGACAUUGUGGUGAAAAUGUGGACCAUGGUGUCGUUGCAGUAGGAUAUGGUAGUGAAAAUGGCAUGGAUUAUUGGAUUGUGAGGAACUCAUGGGGUAAGUCCUGGGGAGAACAUGGUUACCUCAAAAUGCAGCGAAACAUUGCCAACCCAAAGGGUUUGUGUGGUAUUGCCACAAUUGCCUCUUAUCCUAUCAAGACAGGCCAAAAUCCUCCAAAACCAGCUCCAUCUCCUCCAUCACCAGUCAAGCCACCGACUACCUGUGAUGAUUUGUACAGUUGCCCAUCAGGAACGACAUGCUGCUGUGUCUUCGAGUUCUAUAACGACUGCUUUGCUUGGGGUUGCUGCCCUAUGGAAGGUGCUAUUUGCUGUAAAGACCAUCACAGUUGCUGCCCACAUGAUUAUCCUGUCUGCAAUGUUAGAGCCGGCACCUGCUCAAUUAGCGAGAACAACCCUCUUGCAGUCAAAGCAAUGGCACACACUCUUGCCAAACCUGUUGGGACCUUCAGCAAUCAAGGAAUGAAGACCACUACUUCCUGAAAUGUCUCGAGCUAGAAUGCUGAGAGACGAGAGAGCGAAUUCACCCAAUGGAGGAUGUAGAAGUUCAUGCCAGGCUUAAUGUCCUCAUUUUGGUAUACUGAAUUUGCAACAUCUCAUUUCCAGCUGAAAGUUUAUAGACAUAGGUAAUUCCAAAAGCAGAGGAUUUCUAGUUGCUGCUGCUGAUUUCUGUAUAGUGCUUCUUUUGUGCUUGCAAUGCACUAAAACAAGAUUGAAAAACUAGCUUAUUAUUCUGCUGUUUCUGAUUAUGUAAAUACUUAUUAUUCCUUCAUCAGGAGGACUAAUCUGCUACAUUCACCAUGCUGUUUAUUAUUCCAUUUGGUGCUUGUACUUUCAUUUCACUAAUAAUAUCAAAUCAAAGACUAUAUUUCCCA